UGUUGACUCCGUCGGGGUACCAGAAGACCGUGAGGCAGACGGCUCUUCACCAGAGGGCUGGUGCGAUGCACGCGGCGGACAUGGUGGAGCUCAGUUACUGGGAGACAAGCAUCUGUUUCCACCUCCUCUUCAGCGAAGCUGUGAAGCAUCCGGAGGUGCUCCUCGAGUACGGAGAGGACGGGGCUGCGGACGGAGACAGCGAGGCAGAGAAUGAGGAGGGCUUCAUGGAGUUCGGGAUGCUUGAUGCGAACUUGUGUUUUCUGCCAUGCUCAACUAAUGCUGUGAGAAAGACAAGGAGGAAAAAUAAAGAAGGGCAAAAAGGAGGAAUAAAAGAUGGGCACAAAGAAGGGAAGAUAGAAGGGCACAAAGGAGGAAAGGUUGAACAAGGAGACGGAAGGGGAAAAGGAGGAAACAUGGGCAGUGACCCACCCCAGGCGAGUAGGGAGGAGGAUAUCCAUGAGAUGGACCGGAGGUUUAGCAUAAAGGGGGCGGACCCAAAAGAUAUGAUACAGCAGAUGUCUGGGUCUGAAAAUAAUCCGACGAUUUCCGCUCCGUCGAUUCCUCCGUAUACCAACGUAGCUCCGGUGGCAGCUUCAGCCAACAAAGGCAAAGCAAAGGCCAAGGUCAAGGAAGGGAAGGUGUCGUCUGUCGUGCAAGUAGUCAAGUAUGACGGAGAGAAGGAGGAGGUCUCUGGUGGUUCUGAGGAGGCUCGGUUCUUGGGAUCGAGUAACCGGUUGCACCAGGUUAAGAAAGACGUUAGGCUAGCGCGCGCGGCUAGGGAGGUAUAUGAAAAGGAGAAAGAGAGGAUUGCGGCCGAAUUCGAGGAAAGGCAUGAAUUUCUUGCGGAGGAGCAAAAAAUCGCGGUAGGCCGAGUUCAGUCAGCCGAAAAGGAGGAGGAAGAGGCCAAGGAAAAAUUAGAUAAAGCCCGAAUGGUGUACCAGGUGGCCAAAACGGUAGCAGAAAAAAUGCGUGAAGACAAGUACAAAGCGCACGACAAUAAGACUGAUCACCUCAAAGCACACACAGCUACCAGGCAGACGAACGAUACCUGGCAAGCCGACCAAGAGAAGGUUGGGAAAAAGCAGACUCUGAACAAGAAAGAGAGGAAGGAGUACCAAAUUCCGAAGAAACCGAGCGUGAAGGAGGCUGAACUGAUGAAAAGAGUGGCCGAGAUCGUCGCGAGCUCGCCUGGUUUAGACACGCGGUCGGUAACUGCCCAAGUCAUGGCAGACAUGGGAAUCGAACAGGAAGACUCUGAGGAAAAUUCUGUCGAAGUAAAGGCAGAAGAGGUGGAGCAGAGACCCACAAGGAGAAUUAUUGGGGGGGUGGCAGAGGGGGUGGAAGGGGAGGAGGCGGAAGAGGAGGAAGGGGAUAGGGAAGGUUCUCUCCGAGGGGCAAGGGACGGGGGCAAGGACACUUUCAGAGAGGAGGAUGCAGGGAAAGGAAUGAAGGAUGGAAGGAACAAGGAGGAAUGGAUGGUGGAAUGGGAGGUGGAAUGGGAGGUGGAUUUGGUGGAGGUGGGUCGGGGGAGUACCCGGUCCAGGGAUACCAAGGUGGAUACCAGGGAGGUCCGCCCCAAGGAAUGAUGUACCCUCAAGGACCAUUCCACACACCCCAAGGACAGCCGCCGCCGCACUGGCAAAAUGGUAGGUAUGUCGACAGCUAUGGCUAUGAAUAUGGCAUUCCGAUGUAUGCGGCAAAACCAGCGAACCAUAGGUACAUGGAGGCGAGAGAAAUAAACUCUGGUAUGGAACAAUCUCCUAUGGUGCAAGCAACAAAAUUGCCUCCUGUGGUCACUUUCGCAAGGGUGGAGUCUCCGAGGGCAGUAGACGCCCCAGCGACAGCAGCGGUUUCCCUACCGGUGAUAGACGCGCCUCAAACUGUGCAGCCGAGUAUGACAGAACCAUCCUCUGUACCUAACAGCGCAGUGGAGCUAGAGAAUUCAACGGAGGCAAAAGAAGAAAGUUCUGAUGACGAAAGCCUAUCAAAGGAACAAGUGACGGCAAUCAGACAAAAAUAUGCCACGUACGCCACAGCUAAUCUGAUGAGGUUGCCGCUUUUAGCUGGCCAGCGCAUGAGUGUUGCUGAAACUGUUUCCUUGUCAUCUACUCUGGUUAAAAACGUGGAAGAAUUGAGGUUGGGGGCAAGAGAUAAUUCGAUAUCGUCAGAUUAGGUGCGAGGAUGGGACAUUGCACUUGAAAAACAUGUAUUGAAUUCCGUGUCUUCGCGCCUUCCUAACGCG